ACGGGGUUCACACCCACGACGUGUUCAUCGUGCACGGUACCAGCUGCACUGACUGGGUGGUGCAUCAGCUGCUGCAGCUGCUAGAGCAGAACCUGGAUGAUCUGGAGGAUAGCCCGGCAGCGUUGAGACUCGCUUCAAGGAUCAACCUCAUCAAAAAAAUCUGGCAUCCUUCAUGCAAAUCCAUCAAGACCAAGAAAACUAGGACCAAUAAGCCAUCUAAGGAUCUCGAGUUUAAAUACGUCUUGGGUUCGAAUAACAACCUUCCUGUGGAUACCAACUUCUCACCGAACCGGCGUCCUGAUUGGUUGACUCGUGAACCCAUGCCUGAAAAUACACAAAAUAUGCAAAAAGUAGAUAAGAGUUCUCUCUCUGUUGCCACGUGUGGGGUUCUUAUCCAAGAACCACCCAAUGUUCUCGAUGUCAGACAAGGUAAUUUGUUGCAGAACAUCUCGAAGAACAAGUCAGAUUUAUUCUUGCACCUCCCGAGAACCGAAAACGAGUUCACCGCAAAGUCAAGGUCUCUGCAGAACCAGCGGGUCCAGAAUAUGGUAUCAGCUACAAAUGUCAUCAGUGGUUCAACCGUAAUGAAUUUUCCGAAAUUUCAAACGAUUUCAGCUGAACCUUCAACAAAUCUUGGAGGUAUGAACUUGGACACCAAAUUGGCUGAACAUAAUUCACUGUUCGUUGAUGAGAAAACGUUUUCUGAUCAAAAGGUGAAAUUUGACGAUACCCCUUCUCACCAUUUCGACGAGGUAUCGUGCCGAGAUCGUUUAACAGUGCACACAGACAGGAAUGAAUCCAAUGUUUGGCAAAGAUCGAUAGAUGAACUAAAGAAGAACAAUAUCUACAAUCCAAACAAUAUCCACAAUCCAAACUGCGAUAACAAUCGCGUUCACGAUGGUAAUUUUGGUUUCGCGUCGAACGGUAAGCGGCAUUUGGAGUCGUACUCUAACGCCGUUGCCCCGUUCAAACCCAAGCUCGUGCGGCGGAAUACUCUGGAUGAAACCACGGAACCGGACACACCGUGUUCCGAAACUCCCUUCAUCAUGCCGGAAAAGUCCGGAAAUUCCAAAGAUAUUUCAUCCGUACGAAAGCAAAACUCAACUGUGGUGGGCAGUCUGCUGCUGUGCUGCAGGACGCUAUUCCUGCAGAGUCCUGAGGCUGCGUUCUGGCAGCGCCUGCUGCUUCAGCUUCCUGCCGUCCCUCUGAAGCGCAUGAAGCGAAGCUCUGAUGCUGCUGCUUCACUGAAAACUGGGUCACCGUGA